AUGGACAUAUCCUCCGCCUCUUCUUCCCGGGUUCCACCAUCAGUAGUUAAAGGCAAAGAACACGAAAAACUAGAUAUCGAUAGACCUGUAGUCAAGCCUGGUUUUUCUGACCAAGAGUAUGCGUCCCUUAUUUCCUUAGCGCUCUCCGACUUUGCACUAUUUUCUGAUCCAGACCUUCGGCGUAAAAUUGAUGGAGGCGAAGAUGGGUUCGUCUCGUUACUUCAUGUUCUGAAGCACGCUCUUCAUGGUAUCCUCAUUUCCGAAUCAGAGACAGCUGUCGCCAAAGCUCUGCGGUCUGAGGCUACUGACAUCCUGGAGGUCCGGAUGGUCUUGUCUGGGCCGUCGUGGUCAGUGCAAGGAUCGUACAAAAACAAAGGAAUGUUCGAGGUGCGGAGAAGGGAUUCAGUGGCGUCUCUAUCGCGGAACAAGUUUACAAGGGAGGAUUGGAAUGAACGGAUGCUAUACAUUGAAAAUACCCCAGUUCAAUAUGCAUCGCUCUCUGGGGUCUUUCAUCUCAUCCAAGCGCUGCUUGCGAAAAAUACUGAUACAGUACCGACCUCUAAUCGUAUACAAGCUAUCUCUUUCCCGCCACAUCAUCUCGACAAACCAAGAGACAUCCCAAAGUGCAAAGGCUUCGCUCUCGUCACACUCCUCGACGUCGAAGACGUGCAGCGACUCCUACGCGAGUGGCCAUGGACCUCCGCCGUCGAUGUCAAGCCGCCUAUCCCAGAAAUCCAAGAAGCUGUCAAAUUCGGGUUCCGAACGCUUUCCAAAAGACGAUGGGACGAAAUGAAGGAUGAAUACCUUGCGUAUCGUGCACGGCUGGUAAAGGAGAUAGUGGCUUACGAGGAUGAGAUAACCGUGAUCAAGCGAAGACGAUCGCCUUCACCUGCGAUAUCGUCGAUUCCCCCUCAAACAGUCGAGUCGACACUGUCAUCUUCAUCGCUAUUCCCACCAAACUGCCUGGUGUUCGUUCGAAAUCUCCAUUGCGAGACUAACAAGACGACUUUACGAGCGCUGUUUUCCAAAGCAUUCACAACCCUUCCCGAUGGCAUCGAUUAUGUCGAUUUCACCAAGGGAAUGGAUUCCUGUUAUUUGCGUGUGGCGACGUCGGAGCAUGUACGCGCCCUCACGGACUAUUUUACUCAAGCUAAGAUGGCACAAACAAACGGGCUUGAUAGCGAAGGUAGAGAUGUCGAGGCUAAGGCAAUUACUAUGGAGACUGUAGGAGGGCGAAGAGAAGAGAUUUACUGGGAGAAGGUACCGGCCAAGGUCCGACGCGAGGCUGUUGACAAGGCACUGCGCUUGCUGGAGUCAGACACAAUGCGGAAAGAUAGUGGUGGAAACAAGAGAAUUAGGCGGAAGAAGUGAUGUGCGACCGUCUGUUUAUGACUGUUUUGAGAGCCUAAUUGAAGGCAAAAUUCUUGAGUGGCAGAUGCCACUGCUACUGUCGAUACAGAGUAGCCAUCUAACUGGUGAGGAGAGGUGACAACUUGGAAAUCAGGCCCGACGAGCCUCAUAGUGAUGAGGUUAUCAUUGAUUGCGACACUAAGCAGGUGGUAUAAGAUCUCCAUAAGC